UUCUCUCCCAUUCUUCCACCCACCAAUACUUUUCUCUCUUCCUCUUCUUUUUUCUCCCCGUACUCCAAAGAUGGAAAAGAAAGGCGGUAGCAGCAGCUCCAGUAGCUCCCAAGAUGCAGAAGUAAGGAAGGGACCAUGGACCAUGGAGGAAGAUUUUAUUCUGAUCAACUAUAUAGCCAACCAUGGUGAAGGUGUUUGGAACUCCUUGGCACGUUCAGCAGGUCUGAAACGCACCGGAAAAAGUUGUCGUCUUCGAUGGCUGAAUUAUCUGAGGCCGGACGUCCGGAGAGGUAAUAUUACAGCAGAAGAACAGCUCUUGAUCAUGGAACUACAUGCUAGAUGGGGAAACAGGUGGUCUAAGAUUGCAAAGCAACUUCCAGGAAGAACAGAUAAUGAAAUAAAGAAUUACUGGAGAACAAGAAUUCAGAAACAUAUUAAUAAACAAACAGAACCAUUCCCAAGCCAGAAUUCUGAGUUGCAAGACAAUGCUAGUACCAGUAAUGAAAUAUGUGAAGUUGGAGAUAAUGGAGUUGAAUCAUACUCACCGACUUAUGAUGGAAACCUUGAGGCUUUAUUGGGUCCUUUAUCUACUGAAUCAAACGAAAACAUAUGGAAUGUUGAGGAUCUCUGGUCUAUGCAGUUACCUAAUAACCAUUGAACCAUAUUUAAGGUAUUAUUUUUAAGUUUGCAAUUAAUUGGAGCUAUAGUAACCAUAUAUGUCUGUAGGACCUACUAUACAACAUUUUCUAAUGCUUGUUACUAGUCCGUCUAUGGGCUGUAAUACAAAACAGAAACAGUGUUUGAAAUCCAUAGUGUAUGAAUGAGAGUAUUUUGCUUAUUAUCCCAAAA